CGUGUAGGUAAAUGUGAUGCCAAAGCAUUUCAAAAUCUUCAGGAGGAGAUCAUAGAUAUUGCAAUUCAAUGCAAGCUUCCAGUUGAAGACACAGUAAUUCCUUCCGCUCACACAGGUUGUCCAAAGACUGUCCCAAAAGACAGCCCAGAACUGAAGGAACUGCUGAAGGUUUCUAUGGAGAAGUAUAAUUCGGAGAGCAAUGAUGAUUUCUACUACAAAAGUGGAGAAAUAGAAACUGCAACAGUUCAGGUGGUUGCUGGACAAAACUACCGUUUAACAUUUGCAGUUCAGAAGACAAACUGCUCAAAGAAAGAGUUUGAAAAACUCAGUGAAGACUGCGAAGCCAUACCAGACAGUCUACCAUUGUCAUGUGAAGCACAAAUUCACGUGAUCCCAUGGGAGAAUAAAAUCUUCCCCCAGAUUAACUGCUCUAGAGAACGGUUAAUGACUGUACUACUAAGAAGGCCUCCUGGAUUCACACCAUUCCGAAGUUUUGCUGUGUUAGACCAGCAAAGUGAAAUUUCAUGCUCUGACGAAAAUGCAGAAGAAGGGCAAAGACCUGUCAAAGAAAUGAGAAAAGAUGGUGAACAGGAACCUGCAGGUGAAGGUGAACCUGAGCAUAAACAUGGGCAUAAACACAGGCGUGGACACAAAAAUGAUCAUGAGUCUGAUAAAAAACAUAGGCAUGAAAUUGGUUGUGGGCACAGAACUGGCCAUAGGUGUGGGCAUAAAAAACAUGGUAAAAAUGGUAAACAUAAGCAUCCAACCCCCAAAUCUUCUGAGGAGUCCAAUGAAAGGGGUUUUAAUCAAAACGAAACCCUCCCAUCAUCCAGUGCUGAAACAGCAUCAGAGCUAGUUAAUGCAGGGGAUGCCAGAAAGGAAAGCAGUACACCGGCAGAACCACUAAUCCUUCCUGACACUUCUUUAUUUAAUGGGUUGCCAGAUCGCCCAGAAUCACCUCUCCCCAGAUGUCCUGGAAAACCAUGGAAACAAAUUGUGGACCUUCCAGCUCCUCCUAGCUUUCCUGGAGAAUUCACAAAUGAGGACCUCUUGCCUUCCACAGUAGAAAACAUCAAUCCAACAGCAGAAAACUCAACACCUCCCCAGAAUGAAGAGAAAGACCUUGAUCUCUCAGAUGCUUUACUAUAA